GUUGGCUGCGGCAAUAUCACGGUAGAAGAUCUCAUAGAGCUUAAGAGAUGUAGAUACCUACGAACUCCUUACUGCUCUUCCUCCUCUUAAAACACUAGAUAGAUUCUUCAGGUGGAACCCCAUUGUGGAUGGAAAGUUCAUUGUGGACGCCCCAUUGAACAUAUUAAAAAAGAAAAAGGACCUGCCCAACGCAUGUUAAAAACCAUUGAUUUGAUGCUCGGAUUCAACAGUAAUGAUGGGUUUGCUAUUGUAUGGUGGUGGGCGUAUCUACAUCGACCUAAAGGGUCUCCCCGUGUUCCAUUAGCCUGGAAUGAUACAGUGUUAUUCUUACCUGUGUUACAUGACCUUAUUCGCGAUUACAUCCAAGAAAAUAGUUUGGAAUCAAUCGCCAGUGUUAUCCAUGAUGUAUUCUCAUAUACAUACCUAGGACUUAACAAAGGCAACGAAAAAGACAAUGAAAACAUUGCUGCUAUUACUCAUGACUUCAUCACGGAUUACUGGUAUAGAAUUGCUACAAUUGAAUUCUCACAACUACACACUGCUCUCGGGGGCAGUCCCUUCCUAUACCAGCUUACGCAAAAGAAGGCGAACGACAAUGAAGACAUUACAUGGUUGAAGGGAGCCAAACAUGGUGAUGAUCUAGAUUAUAUAUUUCCUGAUGUUGACUCCUUCCUUAAUCGACCAAAGGAGGAACAACGUCUGUCAUACAACAUGAUUAUGUAUUGGACUAACUUUGCAAAAACCGGAGAUCCCAAUAAACCUUCUGCAGACCCAGCCCUCCCAACAGUUUGGCCAAUCUUCACGGCCGAGAACGGCGAGUACCUUGACUUAUCAAAUAACAUUACUCCAGUUGAUGGCAUCACCAAAGCUGAUCGUGUUAGACUAUGGACAGAGUUUCUCCCAAAGGUUAUUGCUUCUGCAGAGUGUGGUGUUCGGAAAAUUAAAAGAAAGCUGAACAGAAAAGAGAAGAAGUCCGAUGAUAUAUAGCAUACUAGCUUACUAUAUGAACGAAUCAAGAUAUGACAAUAUGGCAGACUUGCUUGUACACAAUGGGGUGCGCCUCUCAUAACCAAUAAAAAUAAAUUUUGAAGGAAGAUGCAUCCGUUUUGGUAAAAUUCAAAAUAAAUCUUGUUUAUGCCACAAUCGCAC